AUGCAGGCUCUGGAGGCCAGCGGUCAGUCGCGUCAGCUUGUGCAUCUCGACUGGGACGACGAUCCGCAAGCCUGGGUGGCCGAGGUGCACGAGGCGGAGGUGAUGCAGCGGGUGCAGGCAGCCAGUCAACAGGGCCGCGCCGCGCUUGAUCCCGACACGAUUGUCAGCCACGAUUCCUACGACGUUGCGCUGCAAGCGGUCGCCGGCACCCUGGCGGCCGCCGACGCCGUGGUGAGCGGCGAGGUGUCGCAGGCGUUUUGCGCCGUGCGACCGCCCGGCCAUCACGCCGAAGCGCACCGCUCCAUGGGGUUCUGCCUGUUCAACAACGUCGCCAUCCUGGCGCGCUACCUGCAGAAGCGGCACGGGUUGGACAACAUCCUGAUUAUCGACUGGGACGUGCAUCACGGCAACGGCACGCAGCAUAUUUUCGAGGCCGAUGCGAGCGUCAUGUACGUCAGCACGCAUCAAUAUCCGUUCUAUCCCGGCACCGGCGCCGGCAGCGAGACCGGUACCGGCAGCGGUGCGGGCUACACCCUGAAUUUUCCCCUGCCAGCCGGCACCGGCGACGACGCCUACCUGACGGUCUUCGAGCAGGCCAUCCUGCCGCGCGCCCUGGAAUACCGCCCCGACUGCGUGCUGGUGUCCGCCGGUUUUGAUGCCCACUAUGCCGACCCCCUGGCCCACAUGCAAGUGAGCGAGGCAGGAUAUCGGCGCAUGACCGAGGUGGUCAAGGAAAUCGCCGCCGCCUGUUCCGGCAACCGCCUCAUUUCCGUGCUCGAAGGCGGCUACAACGUGGAAGCCCUGGGGCGCAGCGUGACCACACACGUAGCAACUCUACGGCAAGACCCUUAA